AUGGCACCCAUCGACCCGCUAUGGUGUCGAGUCAAUCGGACCCAGUACCUGAGCCCAGCCGGCUGGAUCGAGUCGCGGGCUCCGCCCUCCCCAUCGGCCGGAGCCCAGCAGCCGUUCGCGCUCUACCAGGCCAGCAACCGCACUUUCCUCCAGUGGCUGGGCGACGAGCACGAGCGGCGCACGCUUCAGCACAAGCUGCUCUUGCUUCGCGUCCGGUGCGCGGACGAGAGCGGCGCCGUGUUCGAGCCGUGCAUCGCGUUUCGGGCCGGCUGGGCACCCGGCAUAGCGCCCGUCGAGCGACGCACGACGGACUUCACCGUCGUCGGGCUCUGCCUGGGCGUGCUAGGCCUGGCCUACGUCUUGGCGGUGCUCGUCUACCUGCGGGUCCGCCAGGGCAGGGUCAAGUCCACGUUCCGCAGCUACCUGGACGAACAGCCUGCGAACGGGCCGGGCCAAGACCACCACCAGCAGCAGCAGCAGCGGCAAGAGCAGCAGCAGUUCCACGCGUACGACACGCCUCGCAGCUCCGGAAGUGAGUCGUCGACCCGUGACGUGUUCUUCAAGCGGUCCGCCAACUUGCAGCAGCAGCAGCAGCAGCAGCAGCAGCAUGGGAGCGCUACGAGUAGUGGCGACGCUGUCCAGCAGGCGGCGCUGUUGCAGCACAUCGAGUCGAGGAGCUCGGUGCGACGCGCCGCGCUGCAGAUGAACCUCGGGCCCGAGCUGCUCGAGCCGGAAAUGCUCGCGUGUCCGCCGCCGCCGGCGCAGGAGUUUCUGACCAAGGUGCGCGAGAUGGUGGCCGCGGCCAGAGCCAGGCUGCGCAACUUCCGGUUCCGGCCCACCCUCGUCGACAUACCGGAGGACGACUACACGAGCGUGCACCACCACCACCGCCACCAGCAGCUGCAGCACAAUCACCACCAGUUUGCCAAGAGUUCAGACUGCGGCCACAAUCCUACCGGCGUCUGCAAUGGCGCCUGCGCAAGCGCCGUUCGGCACAACCCACUGCUGGGAUCGGACUGCCACAGGUUCUUCGAAGUGAACGAGAGCUUUCAAGACUCGCCCCUCGAGGCUUUGGCUCACGUCUCCCCCUACCCUCCGCGGCCACCUGAACGCCGACGUAAGAAGUCGUGCGGCAAGGAAGCUCCCCAAGGCCGCUUUGACCUCUUCCGGAGGGACUUGUACGAGAAGCUCCAGAAACUCCAGGAAGGACGUCUACAGCCCUCCGGAGUGCGCUGCGAACCCGACGGUAACUCGGACAGCCCCUCCUACGAGAACGUCCUGCCGGCGCCAUUGCCCAAACGCUCCCACCAGGAGGCGCCACCGAGACCACCACCGCGCCUCUGCUCUUCUCCCGCGGAACUGUCGCGACCCGACGACCUGGAAGGUGACAACGUCUCCUCCACGAGCAUCGAGCUGGACUCGCUCUACUCUCCCUGGGACUCGCUGAACUCGAGGAACUUGUCCAAACUGUCGGUUCCGCCCGACCAGACCCUUCUGGAAGGCCUCGACGAGCCCAUCAUCUUCGACUCCCUUCGGGGAACGCGCCCCACGUACAUCGUGAACUCUGGCCGUGAGCUCCAUCCGGAGAUGAUUGUGUCGAUGUCGGGCUCCUUCAAGCCUCCGCGCGCCGGUCUGUACAUGAGCGUGGAGUCGCUGCAGAACUGCAUCAAGACCGGCCCGAGAUUCGCGCCGUGUCGGCGAGGCUUCGACGCGAUGGACGCACUUCGAAGGGUGACGGCAGGCGACAUCGAGUUCAUGCACGUCUGCAGGGGUCAGCUCAGGAGGCGGGACAGUGUCGGCUGCUCGUCGGUGGCCUCGGACAGUCUGGUUCCGUCGCCGUCCGAUUCGGAGUACGAUCCGGACUACUCGGACCCUUCGCCCCGAACUGACGCUAGGGUCGCAGCCGUGCGUCGUGCGAGGCGACGGCUGCGGUCUCGCGCCGAGCGCAGCGGAAAGCACGCGCAGCCUUUGUCGUCGCCUCCUGACGUCACGAUCAUAGAAGUCGGAGACGCGGCGGGAGACAUUCUUAAUGGGAAAGGAAAUUUUGUAACUUUGAUUGAGCUGGACACGUCUGAGAGUUCUAACUGACCGUGGCUCGGCGAACAAAAGAAUACUAAUAAUAGCCCCGUUACAUGAUCACGUCCAGCGCUGUCAGUUUGUAAGCCGAAACCUCUAAAUAAGUUUGUUAUGUUGUUUAACAUCGGCUUACUCAGAUAUGGAUACAGUUUCAAGGAGCGCUUAUCUUUUAACUUUGUAUAUAUAUGAGAGCAUUGCAAGCAAUCAUGGAACAGAAUUAUGUCGGCAUGCCGACACGCGCAACGAAUCUAACGCAGGAAAACGACGUCGCCUGGCCAGCGCGCGCUUUUAACUAAAAUAGAUGUGCACAUAUCCAACGAACAGCGAAUAAAGCCGGCUUAUGUAAUGUGAAGGAAAGCAAACUACAUACAUUUCGCUGAGCUUCUAAAAACUGUUGCGAGAAUUAUAGAUACGUGCGUUGGUUCCUAUAUAUUAUUCACAGGAACGCUUGGCAGGAGUGUUAAGUAGUACUCUAAAUAGCGCUUGUGCAAUAGCAGUACAACCGCUGCUACCGUGAAAAGGACUCGUGGUAAGUCGGUAAUCCGACAUCCUGCAAUAUGCUACGGGCGAUUUAAAUAAUAAUUGCUAAUGCGACAAAAUAAUCCCUAUAUAAAUGAUCACGUGUGUUUCUAAGCUUGAGUUCCUGAUUAGAUGAGGCAUGCUAAAUAUUGCUGCAUUGUCGUAGCGCAUUAUUGUUAAACCACUUACUUCACUGUGCUCCAUGCUCACUGUAAUAGCGGCUUAAAUGCGUUUCGUGUACAUUACCCAAUGACCCCACUCGCGCACGUCCUCACGUCAUCAUAUUGCGUUAUGAACGUGCAUCGACGAGGCAAACUUUUCGGUAUAAUUCGCUGUACUUGAUGCUCGCUGCUCCGAGCGUUGUUGCUCUCAGACUACAGCGUGGACGCCGCACAGUGGAUUAAGUGGGAAUUAUAGGGAAUGCAUUACCGACACAUUUUCUACGCCAAAGCACGCUCGUCGUCAGUGGGACCAUUUAACACCGCGCGUGAAGAGAACCGUGUAAUCGGCAGACCUAAUAUAAUCCGUAGUCCGUUGGCCUCUUCUGGCGCUGACUAACUUUCUAUUGAAAAUUCAGCUUCAAUCGCAUUUCCAGCAUCUUCGGAAACACGAGAAGCAUGCAAGUGCAGAACAAAUAAGGAAUUUUAUAAGUCUUCGGCAAGUUCAGUCAAGUUAACAAAAUGCAAACUUCAUGCGAGAAUUAUGUACAGGAAAGUCCGACAUAAUGACUUCAUGUUAGGCAUACUUAGAAAACACAUAUCCAGUCACUUGAAAUAUAUGACGCUUGUAAAACAUUGUAACACAGACCGAGAUCAAACACUCUGACGUUUAGCUUUGAACUCGUUUUAGUAUUGAAACACCUUACACGUGUUAUGUUUAAACAUGCAGUAAAGGUCCAAUCGGAAGUGUUUCAAAGUGUUUGAGACAUAUUUUAAACAUUGUUGCCACCACUGUUCUUGCUUUCACUAGCGAAGGAGCGGAAAAACAGUCUGGAAUAUUAGACAGUUUUAUCUUGUCCGCAAACCUCUUACCGUUCGCGAUUUACCGUGUCACCAUGCCGAUUUACCAUACGGCAGCGAGAACGCUGGUAGCUACACCUUCUGGCGCGGAAUUCAGCCAUAAUUUACGCAACAUGGCCUCGCAGAUUGGGCAGCGCGUGACGCCUGAUCACGGAGGCCAUGCGCGCAAAGUAGCUACGACCCAUCAUAUUCUACUCAACUGCUGGAGUAAAAUGUUGGUAGCGACGUAACUGUUAACAUGCAAUGGUCUGUUUAUGGCUUUGCUUCACCAACACUCAUGUGACAAAAAAAAAUUUCAUGACGCACUGUUUGUAGGACAAAGCGUCACAAGGUGUUACCAGCUUUGCUACUGGUGUCCGCCGCACCGAUAGCUCGGUAAACGUCAAACGCUAAGAAGAGUGCGACAAGCUGAAAUCUCUAAUUAGGUGGUGUGAUGAGAUUAGGAAAUCUGCAGGUGCAUGGUGCUGUGAACUGGCACAGGACAGAGACAGUUGGAUAUCGCUGAUGAUAACGUUGAUGAUAACCAAGCUGUCAUAAACGAACGGGCCCACACGCUUAUCAUAAGAUGCUUGCCUCGGCUACCAAACGCGCACAACGUAUUUAGAGGCAUGAAUUGAGAGCAACAAGGUUAUCGUAGGUCUACAAAUUGGUGCACCUCCGUCAGGCAGUGUGUCAGAAAUGUAUUCCAUCCAGCUGGUGCACUUUGAAUAAUUUGGCGACGUCGCUCCGACUGUGUACGGCUCCAAACAUUUCACACGUGCUUGGCUCUUGAACACAAUGGUUCAUUGUCUUGCUCUAUACUUCGUCGAGAGUGCUAUACUUGGUUCGGCGCCUUACGCACCUUCAAUAAUUUCCAUUGAAUAAGGUUCAAAAAAGAAAGGACACCAUCACGCACACUCACUGUGCCAUGUAUUGGACAACCGGUUGCAGUGCGGUAUGAGAAGCUGUUUUGCGUUUAUGCAGCGCGGAACGCACCUGAACCCUAGGGCGUAGGUACCAACCUGUGAAUGUCAGAAGUUCUAAAGAUAUCCCUGACAAGGAAAAAAAAAAGAAAAACAAGGGGGAUGAGGGGGAGAUGGCGUAGAGGGGUGAUUACACGCAGACAAGUUUGCCCUAAGCACACUUUCUGUUGGAUGCAUUGAUACAUUACUAACGACUUACCUAUAAACAGCAGAGGUUGAAGACAGCACAGACUACCGAGAUUGACUCCGUAUCAGUGACAUCCUCAGCGAUUCCACCAGUGACGCCAAUUUGGCUCCUUGAGGAACUCGUGUGAGUAAUCUGCUCCAAGCCGCUGCCCCUUUUGCAUACAGGGUGAUCGUUUUUAAUUUAUAUGGAAUUUUAAAAAUAACCUGUUGCAGAAAACGUAAUUGUAGUCCUUGAGCUUGAUUGUCCUGAGAGGCGGACCGGGAGAUUAGUUACUUGAGAAAUCGAAACGCAUAUUCAGCUAAUUAACAAAAACUCACUACUUAUAUUUUGAAUUCGUUACUUUAGCGCAGAUAUUGCAACUUAACUAAUGUAGCCGUUCAGUUUGCAAGGCGUAUCCACUUGUAAUAAAUUUCCAGAAUAACCACAGUUUUGAGAUAUGCGCCAUCAAAUUUUGCCCUAAAAAUGCGCUCUUGUUCCUCUUAUGUAUAUAGAAACUUUAUUGAAGUGAAUGGUUCUAUGAGGAGCAAGUGGGUCGUAUCCUCAGUCCAGGGCUGUUGUUCCACUUACUUUUUCAACACGACGUCCUUUCAUGAAUUCAACUACAAAAGUAACUGGAUGGGAAAUAUCUCGAAACUUGUGUCACCUUGUAAAUUAAUUUCGAGUGGAUACCUCUCGCUAGCUCACCGGCUACAAUUUGUAAAUUGCAAUAUGUGUCAAGUAAUUAAUUCACAGGGUAAAUAUUGAAUUUUCGCUAAUUAUUUGAAUAUGUGUUUCGAGUUCUCGUGAUAGUAUUGUCGCCUCUUCGAAUAAUCAAGCUGAAGAACAACAAUUAGGCUGUCUAGCAGAGGCGAUUUUUAAAAUUUCAGCAGAACUUAAAAAUGAUCACCCUGUAUAACAUGCUGCGCUUAUAAAGAGUGGCGCAGGUAGCUUGGCUACUCCAAUUUUGCUUGCAUUUUGUUGCAAUCAUGCAUCGGCCCAUCUUUCGACAGCUUGACAACAAUUUCGACAAUAGAAUUUAGUUUUCGUAAGACUGGGUAGAAUAUUCUUUCGAUCGUAGAACGAGCCAAAAUUUGCAAACAUUAUUAAAACAGUGGAAGUAAUAAGGUAUGGCGUAAAGUGCACGGAUCCUUGAAUGCCGCAUUUUAAUUGAUUUGUGAUGCACUGAAAAAAAGCAGGCCACGAACGAGUGCGAGUUGUUCCAGUUAGGAUACUCACCGGUGGCUUGUUUUUGCCGAGUUCGAAAGUGCUGACAGGAAUUAUUUGAUACUGCUUGCUAGUUUGGCUAGCUGAAGAAAGCUUCAGAUUGAAUCAAAACAAGGGAACAAGCACUUGACAAAUGUUUAUGAGCGCCCGUUUGAAGUUGACCAUAUCGCUGAACAAUGGCAGCGCGAAUCCAGUGAAUCCGGGGAAUCCCACGCGAAUCCGGUGAAGCGUCACUUUUCGCAUUUUCAUAAUCAGUCAUAGCAUUUUCAGGUCGCUAACACUAAAAUCGUGACGCGUACUAAUGAAGCUGUGUCGAAACCAAAAUAUUUCCUUAUUUUCUCACGUACUCCUUGGCGUCUCGUUUUCCUUGCGAGGCAGACCAGUGACGGACGUGUGAAACAUUAUCGCGAAACGUUCUUGCGUGCAAGCAACUAUGCGUUUGCAGGCACAGAGCCAUGAUUGAGGCCACUUAGCUCCUAAAUCUCUUUUUCCCUCCAGCACAAGCAAAAGCUAAGUUACCUGCUUCUUGUAUUUUGCAUUCACAUUUUAUUUUGUUUGUUUGUUUUUCUUUCUUGUUGAGUCCAACACCCUUUUAAUAGACUGAGCUGAACUCACCAACCUGGAAGUCGAAUAAUCGGUGUGGCAAAUGCAUUUUUGCCAAGCCAAAAAGUUGCACCGAUGCCCUUCCCAGGUGUGUGAUAUAUCGACAGCGCACAUCAGCCAUUCCAAAUGACUUUGACCAGUGUAGUUGACAGCGUGUGCUCAUGUCGCGAAAUAACACCAAUGAGCAAUGAAUGUGCUUGAAUGAGAUUUGGUGUAUAAUUGUGAAUAACCUUGUUCUGGAAUUGUGACAUUGUUCUUAAAAGAUUGCGUAACCACGGCCUAAGAUGUACAUAUUUGCAAAUCACACACACAAAAAAACAAGAAUCCUGUAUAAAGAAAGUUUGAA